AUAUUUUUAUAUAUGUAUGCAUAUUAUAUACAGAAAGGUUUUAAAUAAAAAUAAUGGAAAAGAAAGGACAAAGGAAUAAAAAAGAAAACAAGUUGACACACACUCUCUUUUAUUAUUCACUUGCCUCUAUAAAUCCCCAUCUAGGCCUCUCUCAUCUUCUUAUAACUUGUUUCUUCUUACUCUUCUAUCUAAUCAGAUCAAAAACUUGUGUUUCUUGCUCCUAAAACAUUGGAUAUAUAUUCUCAUAAGUUUUGAAACUGUUUUUUGAGAUCUCUUGUUUUUUUUUUCUUUGUUGGCAUAUAAUAUGAGUUGCAAUGGAUGUAGAGUUCUUCGAAAAGGUUGCAGCGAAACAUGCAUCCUUCGUCCUUGCCUUCAAUGGAUCGAAUCCGCCGAGUCACAAGGACACGCCACUGUCUUCGUUGCUAAAUUCUUUGGCCGUGCCGGUCUAAUGUCUUUCAUCUCCGCCGUUCCCGAACAAAACCGCCCUGCUUUGUUUCAGUCUUUGUUGUUUGAAGCGUGUGGGAGGACGGUGAAUCCGGUUAACGGAGCGGUUGGUAUGUUAUGGACCGGGAACUGGCACGUGUGCCAAGCGGCUGUUGAAACUGUUCUUCGCGGCGGAACUCUACGACCUAUCUCAGAUCUACUCGAAUCUCCUUCGUUGAACUCCUCAGAUGAGUCUACCGAGAUCUGGCGGUUGCAGCGUCGCGACGGUUUCUCGACCUCAAGAUCCAAGCUCAUUACGACGGGGGUGGAAGAAUCUCCGGUCAACCGUAAACGAUCGAAAACCGAGUGGUCUGAACCGGAUAUGGAGCUACAGUUGAACCAUGGGUUAGCUCUAACCGGUCCGGUUGUCCCGGUUCCUUUUCUUCCACCGCCGCAGUUUAGUAAGGCGCUUAAUAGGGAUCAUCCGGGAAGUCCAUCGGAGGAGUCUGUAACGACGUCGUGUUAUGAAAAUGGAAUCAGCGGCGAUGGAUACAGAAACAAAAGAGAGAGAAAGUUAUUAAACCUUUUUGUUUAAAACCGACGACGCAAACUCUUCGCACUCAGUUUUUCUCGACGGUCCUUUUUAGGGUUUUUUUUGUGUGGUGAAGCCGCAUAAUUAUUGGCUAACAUAAUUAUUUUCUCUAUCGAGAAAUAUGAUAAUUUUUGGUGAUAUAAUGCUUUGCGGAUGAGUAUUAUAAAUAAUCUGUUGAGAAUGCUUAA